AUGGGAGUCGCUGAAGCUGGGCCUAGCAAGGCACCGACGACUCCCUCUAAUGAAAGCAGCGAGGUGGAGGACGCCAUUUUAGAUCAGACGGUUGUAGAGAACACGGCGUUAGAAUCGGUGGAAGAAAUGUCACGACUGAUAGCGGAGGAAAUUGAUCGUCAUAAUAAGGAGAUGUCUCUUCGUAAGCAGCUUUUAGAGCUAAAAAUGAAGCACCAGAAAGAGUUGCGAGAGAUGGAACAAUCAUACCAGCAGCUAGACAUCAGCUUUCCUGUUGUGGAAACCAAACCACCUGUAGCAAAGGUAUUGAGUGUUACACCCGAACAGCGUUUGGCGCGGAAAUCGGUUAGUACCAGCUUGGCGAAAUUCAGCGGUAAGGUUGAGGAAUGGCCUCUAUUCAUCAGUAGCUUCAAGUAUACGACUGAGUCCUGCGGAUUUUCCAAUUUGGAAAACCUUAAACGUCUACAAGACUGUCUAACUGGAGAUGCGCUGGAACAAGUUAGAGGAUCGCUAUUGACACCAGAAACGGUUCCGAGUGUCAUUGAAGACCUGAAAAAUCUCUUUGGAAGACCACAGAAGCUAUUAAAAAUGAUGCUAAAGAAAGUUCGCGAAACAAAACCACCUACCGAAGACCAGGUCAAGACUUUCAUAGUAUUCGGGAUGAAAGUAAAGCAGCUCAACGAACAUCUAGUAGCUUGCGAAAUGACAGAGCAUCUAGGGAAUCCAUUAUUGGUUGAUGAACUAGUCGGAAAGCUUCCCACGAGCUACAAACGGGAAUGGGUUCAAUUCAGGAAGGACAAGCCUGAGAGUGCCCUGUGUCUGUUUAACAAAUUCGUUCAGUCUGUGGUGAGCGAGCUAGCAGAAGUUGACGAGUACGAGCCAGAGCUACCGACACGACGUGAUAGAAAGGAGUUUAACGCUCAAGCAGAGAACAAAAGAAAACCACCAUUGUCUACAGGUCGAUUUAAGAAGGAAUACACGAAUGUUCACCUUUCCAAAGAUUCUACUAAAAGGAUUCCAAGUUGCUGGAUAUGCAAUCAAGCAGGGCACACAUUGAACAGUUGCAUUCAAUUCCUAAAAAUGACAGUAGCGGAGAGAAUAGCUGCGGCGGAGAAAGGAAAGCUCUGCAAAACGUGUCUGAGCAAAUUCUGCCAGGGAGUAUGCCCGAGAUCUUUGCAAUGCGAAGUAAAUGGCUGCGGCAAACAGCAUCAUACGCUGGUGCAUCGAACAGAAGAACACGUUCAGCUGCAGAGAGCUAAUUCAGGGGGAGAAACUCUACGGUCACAAGUAGUGAUUUAUCGGACGAUUCCCAUAACUCUCCAUUACGGCGACAAUAGCGUUGACGUUACAGCAUUUGUUGAUGAAGGUUCGUCAGCAACCUUAAUAGACGAGAGCGUUGCUGAACAGCUGAAAGCCGAUGGUCCAAACGAACCGUUGCAGAUAACGUGGACCGGGAACAUAAGCCGUUUUGAAGACCGAUCUAAGAAGCUAGAUCUAUUAAUCUCAAGUAAGGGAUCCACACAAAGGUGGAAACUAUUCGAACCUCGUACGGUGGCUGGAUUAAUGCUACCGAGUCAAACCUUGAGAUUAGCUGAUGUGGUGAAGCGGUAUGAUCAUCUGGCAGACAUUCCGAUCAUCGGAAGUAGUCAGCAAAACCCAAUGCUGGUUAUAGGACUCAACAACAUCGAGCUAUUUGCAGCACUAGAGACCAGAGUAGGUAAUCCAGGUGAACCGGUUGCGGUAAGGUCCAAGAUAGGCUGGACAAUUUACGGUGUAGCUGACAGAGUCUCGACUCCACACGUCGUAAUGAACCUACAUCGGAUCACGGCGAUGACCAAUCGAGAACUUCACGAUGCUGUUGGAAGUCAGUAUAAGUUGGAGCAGAUGAGUGUUCCGGCCUUCAAAAUGCCCAUAGCUGGUGAAGAAAAACGGGCAAAGGAUAUUCUCGAAAGAACGACGAGAAGGGUUGGUAACCGAUUCGAAACGGGGCUUUUAUGGCGAGAGGAUAAUCGUUCCUUUCCAGAUAGUUACCCUACAGCGGAGAAGCGCAUGCAGCAACUGGCGAGACGUUUGAAGAGAAAUCCUGCUUUGGAGUCAAGGGUCACCGAAAUGAUUAGAGAAUAUGAGCGAAAGGGCUAUGCUCAUAAGGUAACCGAAGCUGAGCUAUCCGGAUUCUCAAAAGACGAGGUGUGGUAUCUGCCUCUUAACGUAGUACACAAUGCGAAGAAACCAGAAAAGAUCCGUCUAGUAUGGGACGCAGCGUCAACGGUGGCAGGGGUUUCCUUGAAUUCCAUGCUUAUCAAAGGACCAGAUAUGUUGGUUCCUUUGCCGAAUGUCGUUUGUCGAUUUCGAGAACGAGCUUUCGCCUUUGGAGGCGACUUGAAGGAGAUGUAUCAUCAACUGCGCAUCAGAGAUGAAGACAAACAGACGCAACGGUUUUUGUUCGGCAGCGAUACUGAGGGCAAGCCACAGAUCUACGUUAUGGAUGUAGCCACAUUCGGGGCUACGUGUUCACCCUGUUCAGCCCAAUUCAUCAAGAAUUUGAACGCCCUUGAGUUCAGUGAGCAGUAUCCAGAUGCAGCACGAGCAAUUGUUGAGAAGCACUAUGUCGACGACUAUUACGAUAGUGCUGAUACAGAAGCGGAAGCCAUUAAGCUGGCAAAGGAAACUUCCAACGAGUUUACGUACUGA